GCUGGGGGCGGGCGCGGAGCCCGGGGAGCUGGAGUUCCAACUGAAUGGAGACGCCAAGGGCGUGGUCACGGAGCUGAGGUUCGACGCCGCGAGCGGCAGGCUCGUGCGGCAGAACGACGAACCGCUGGGCUCCACCGUGGACAGCAGAAGCGUCGUCCCCCUCAAGGACCGCGACCGGGUGCUUUACCUGUUGCGCUACUUGGCGCAAGCGAACGGGGUGCCCGGCCUGCCCGAGCCGCAGGAGGGCGCCGAGCCUAUGGCCUACGUGCUCCUCCUCUUCGAGAAGCCGGUGACCUGCCCCAUCGGCAGCCUGCUGGUCGCGUCGAAGCUGGAUUUUGACAUCCACACGCCGAACUGCCGCUUGGCGUUUUUCGGCCGCAUUCUUACGCAGAUGGACCCCAAGGACCUGAAGCCCCUGCGCCUGGUGAAGAUGAAGCAGAAGAAGGGCUGGCUGCUGCUCAAUUGGAAGCCCUUGGUCCGCUACACGCCGAAGCUUGGGACGCUGCCACCGUCGAUCGACCACUGCGACGCCACCCUGCGCGCGGUCAACAUCCCGAAAGGUGCCCUGCAGCAAAAGUUCCAGGCGCUCUUCGCGGAGGCGAACGCGGACCCUGAGUGGAGCCUUUAG